UGUCAUCUCUUUCUCUCGCUCGCUAGCGACUGCUUGUGUGGUUGAAAUGACCGAUAUUGUUGUUGUGGCAUAGAAAGAAGCUGUGGUAUUGAAGACAGAAGGCACACACAAAAAAAAAAAAACCAUCGCGAGAAAAGCAGUAAACGUAGGGGUUUCGGUGUAGCGAAACUUUACUUUCCAUCCUUCCUUUCGAUAGUGUACCCAUAACGUAGUGAUCGACAAAUUACCACGGUUGCUUCCUCCAAAGUACCAGCCCUCAUUACAGUGUCUAGAAUGAGAUGUAGUUGGAGACAAUCGACAGGAAACACAAACGCAAUAUCUUUGGUGCAUCGUUCUGAUUUGGGUGGUUUCAUUGCCACCAUUGUUGCAAGGCACGUACAGCAGUGACGUCUAGGGUGGAAGUUUUCUUUAGCAAACACAACGCAAUCUCUACGAACGGCAUUAUCUGCAAGGUGGAAUGGCCGAAAUCCGUGCAAUGGAACAUCCAACGCUAAAGGUACCGUAUGAAAUUUUGAACAAGCGCUUCCGAAUUGCCCAAAAAACUUUGGACCGCGAAUUAAGCCAGAUACAAAAUGUGGCCUCGGAACUGGAGAAGGGUCUCACGGAAGGAUCCGACAGUACAGAGAUAUCUCGUCUGCUGGGAGGAGUAGUCGAGCGACUGCAGGUUCUAAAGCGUAAAGCUGAGGAAAGCAUUUCCGAGGAACUGUCAGCCGGAUAUGUCUGCAAGCGCCGGUUGGAGCAUUUGAAGCAAAACGUGAACCCGCCAGUCGAUGCGACGACACUAGAGCUGCAAGCAGCUGCCACGAACCAGUGGAAGAAGAUACGUCUCGAUCGGAUGAUUGUGGAGCAUUUUCUGCGUCUCGGAUACUACGACACCGCAGAACGGUUAGCCGAACGUAGUGGCAUCCGUGACCUAACCAACCUGGACAUCUUCCAGGUGACGCGCGAGGUAGAGCGCGAUCUGGUGAAUCGUUGCACGCUAAAGUGUAUUGCCUGGUGCAACGAUAACAAGUCGAAGCUGAAGAAGAUAAACUCCACGAUCGAGUUUCAGUUGCGCGUUCAAGAGUUCGUCGAACUGAUCCGUGAAGAUAAACGACUGUUGGCGGUGCGUCACGCACAGAAGUAUUUCCCUGCGUUCGAGCACGAACAACUGAAGGAGAUCCGCCAGUGUAUGGCACUGCUCGCGUUUCCGGUGAGCACCGAAAUCGAACCGUACAAAACCCUUUUCGAUCCCCAGCGUUGGCACGAUCUAGUAUUGCACUUCCGGCUGGAGAACUAUCGGCUGUUCCAGCUGCCGGCUCAAUCGGUGCUGAGUGUUGCCGUGCAGGCAGGCAUUUCAGCCUUGAAAACACCGCAGUGUUAUUCAUACACAUCGAAAAACAUGAACUGUCCGGUAUGCCAGGAGAAUGUGAACGAGAUUGCCGAGAACUUACCGUUCUCGCACUGUGCCCAGAGUCGUCUGAUUUGCAGAAUCACCGGCAAACCGUUGAACGAACACAACCUACCGAUGAUGCUGCCGAAUGGGCAAAUCUUUGGCCAGCAAGCCAUCGAACAGAUGCGUCGCGAGAACGACAUGCUCGUUUGUCCGAAAACGAACGAAACGUUCCGUUCGCCAAAGAUUGAGAAGGUGUUCGUGAUGUAGUAGCAUCACCAGGGCAUCCUACGGCCGAACAGCUGCUUUGACAUUCUGGAAGGUGGUAAAUUUGGCUGGAGGACGUUACUCUACUAUGUAAGCGAAUUUUUUCACCUCCCGUUUGGGCGUUUUUUUCUUCUUCUUUUAACACGAUUUAUUUAGCGCUAGAUAUAUGUAGUAGCUGGAUGAGUAAUAUCGAUAAAUUUUCUUUUAAUUUGAAUUGCUUUCGAUUUUAAUGUAAUUAUGUAUAAUGGAAUUAUUGAUGAAAUAAUAUCUGCGGAAGCUAGAAUAGCGAAGGAACGAAGAUUCGCUUAUUGAUUGAAUUCUUUUCUAUGUGAUCGAUGCACAAGAAGAAGCCAAGUCAAACCAAAAAUUUGAUAACUUAAAAUGUGUUUUUUUUUUUACUGAUUUCAUUUUGUUUUUGUUUUCCAUGCAAGAAUCAUAAUAUCUGUUACAGCUCCCUCUCUUUUUUUAUUUACAUUGUUUUGUUGCAUACUUGAACUAAUCAGUUGUACUUUUACCAAGAAUGUAAAAGUACUGCUAGACAGCACAUGCGCCAUUGUUGUGCUGGCCCAUCGAAUUGUAAUUUUCAAACAAAUUUUCUUUUAGUAAUUAGUAAUAAGUAAACGGAAACAAAAAUUGUGUGAUCAUCUCUCAGCUACAAGUAAGACAAUUUUCUUUUGACGCCUGCACUUGAAAGAGUACAUUUGAUCAAUAUCACCGAUAUUUGAUAUAAUUUAAGCCUCAGCGUAAUAGAGACGCCUAUUAAUCCACCAUCAGAUAUAUAUAUAUAACGUAAAAAGGUGAUGUCAAUCUUGCACUAUCGGCAACCUUUUCAGGCGAGCGAUUUCGCUCAAUGUUAAUAAGGUAAAACGUACUCGUAAGAACAUACCAUGGAAGCAAAAACAAAAACACAUGGCUAAAAUCGCCUAUGGGCAAAAGAGAAAUAUGCAGCAAGCAGGGAGAUAGUGAUGAUAAGUUCAAAUAAAACCGAAUCACAGUCGAUAUCGCAACGACCAGAAGCAAUUUUGCUAAGCCAGGCAAACCCGAUACUAUAUUAUGCAUUGUCUGCUAUCCUCGAAAGCACGACAGAACGAGUCAACGCAAUACAAUAUAAUUUUGCAUGAUAGUGUGCUAUUGAUAAGACGAUUUGAAAGAUGCCGCAAAGUGGAUGAUUAUCAUCGAGAUUAAGAGUGACACUAAUGGUUUGCUAUAUGAUUUUCAAUAAAAAAAAUUAUAAAAGGAAGAGAAAAA